AUGGAAAUUUUACGUGCUGAAACCAAUGAAUUUCCUCAUUUAAAAAAUACGGAUGGUCCAAAAAAUAAUUCAUCAUCAUCAGCAUCAUCAUCAUCAACAAUUGAUGAUGAUGAAGAUGAUCAAUUUUCAAAUGUUAGUACAAUUGAUGAUAAACGAACAAUAAAAUCUCCUGUUAAUAAUGAAGAUAAAUCAAAAAUCAAUGAUGAAAAUUCAAUAAAUAAUUCAUCACUUCAAACACCAAUUGUACAAUCAAUUGUUAAUCGUACAACAUCAACUAUUGAUUAUACACGUCAUCGUGAACGUCUUGCUAAAGAACUUAAAGAUUAUGAAGAUCGUUGGUUAGCACAUAGAAAUUUUCUUCUUUAUACACAAGCAUUUAGUAUGAAACCUGAAGAUCGUGAACGUUUAUUUUCACAAAUAAAUUCGACGAAUAAUGAUGAAACAUUUUCUCGUUUAUCGAAAGAAGAACGAGAUCGAUUUUUAGCAGCUGCUUUAUAUAAUCAACAACAACAGCAACAACAACAAAAUCCCUAUAAUUUUCAUCAAUAUCCAUGGACAACACCAUCAACAACAGCAACAUCAUCAUUAAUUAUUCCACCGAUACCAUCAAAUACAACUGAUCAACCACAGCAACAACAACAACAACAGCAACCGAAAUCACCUAGUUCAGAUGAUAGUGGUAAUCAAUCAAAUUCUGGAAGUACAACUGAAUGGACAUUUGAAGAACAAUUUCGUCAGCUUUAUGAAUUAUCUGACGAACCAAAACGUAAAGAAUUUCUCGAUGAUUUAUUUGCAUUCAUGCAAAAACGUGGUACUCCUGUUAAUCGAAUUCCUAUCAUGGCAAAACAUGUUCUUGAUUUAUAUGAAUUAUUUCGUUUGGUUGUCGGCAAGGGCGGUCUCGUCGAAGUUAUUAACAAGAAAUUAUGGCGUGAAGUGACGAAAGGUCUCAAUCUACCAAGCUCGAUUACUAGUGCUGCAUUUACUCUACGUACACAAUAUAUGAAAUAUUUAUAUCCAUAUGAAUGUGAAAAAUUACAAUUAAGUUCACCGGGUGAAUUACAAGCAGCAAUUGAAGGUAAUCGACGUGAAGGACGUCGACCAUCAUAUGCAUUUGAAUAUUCUUCACCACCACAAAUAAUGCCACCACCACCGCCACCACCAACAUCAACAAGUGCCUUUCUAGCAAGUCCACUUGCACAUCGACCAUUGGAUCCUAAUCAUGGACAUGAAGCCAUGCAACAUGCAGCUAUGGCCGCUGCUGCUGCUCUAUCACAUCCUUUUUUUUUAGCAGCUGCAGCAGCUUCAUCACGUGAUGGUAAUCAUUCAUCAAUUGAACAAUCAUCAACACCAAGAAUUCCUUCAUUUGAUGAUCAUCAUCAUCAUCAUAAUCAUUUACAAUCAUCAUCACCAACAUCAAUUAUUCCAACAAAUAAAUUAUUUGAACGUUCAUCAACAGCAACUAAACGAAGUCUCUCACCAUCAUUAUUAUCUAAACAACAACAAAAUGAUGAUAAUAAUAAUAUAAAUUCACUUUCAAAAAAAUCUAUUACAUCAAUAAAUAAUAUACGAUCAACAUGUUUUACACCAGUGACAACAAAUAAUAAUUCAUCAUUAUUAUCACCAGUUAGUAAAUUAAAAAUUAUAGCUAAAGAAAAUAAUCCUGAUCAACAACAAUCAAAUGAAAAAUCAAUAACAAUUUCAAUUGAAUUAAAUGGUAUUGCUUAUCAAGGAACAUUGUAUGCAACAAUGUUCACUGGUAGCAAAGAGUGA